CUUACUCCACUCGCCGGUUAGUAUCGAGCGAGCCACCGACGUGGGAGGUCAUGUCGCAAUGUCAGACGAGCGCGACAACCCGUCGCAUAGCGGCCUCCGCAACCGCGUCAGUUUCUUCGAGAGAGUGUGGAGCGGGCGCGGCAGCAGCGAUUCUGUUGACGCCACCACAGACGUCGACGACAUAGAGCGUCGCAUCGAACAGCGCAAACGGCGGCCGGAGUCGCCGAAAAUCGAAGUGAAGUUAAAACACACGCGCGACACACAGUCGCCGACAAAGACAUUUGAAACUACGUUUCCGAACUUGAAAUUGAGGCAUGUGGAGACAGAAACGGAGCACAGGCAAACGGAGAGGCAGGUCGAAGAGGGCGACCUGGCGUCCGGAGUCCGGCUCGUAAAGUUCGAGCGUGUGGUCAAGAGGACAGUGGUGGAACGGGAGGAGAGGCCGGAGUCGCCGCAGAGCGAGUGGUACUCGGAGUACAAACAGCAUGCGCUGCAGACUGCGCCCAAGAAGGAGUACUUGAGAAGCAGAUCGGAAUAUGACUCUCACAUCGCAGAAAUACGAGAUGAACAGGAAAGAGUACAAAAGAAGACGUUUGUUAAUUGGAUCAAUUCACACUUAUCGAAGAGAAUACCUCCUAUGCGAAUCGACGACCUAAUCUACGACUUACGAGAUGGCACUAAAUUAUUGGCAUUGCUUGAAGUUCUAUCAGGAGAGAAGUUGCCCAUGGAGCGCGGCCGAGUUCUCCGCCGUCCACACUUCUUGUCCAACGCCAACACAGCGCUUCGCUUUCUCGCUGGGAAACGCAUCAAACUUGUCAACAUCAACGCAGCCGAUCUGGUCGAUGGAAGACCAGCUGUUGUCCUUGGUCUUAUUUGGACCAUCAUCCUGUACUUCCAGAUUGAAGAGAAUAGUCGCGCUCUGGAAUACCUCGGCGGAUCGAGGUGUGCAUCUGUCAUGUCGCAAGAGUCUGGUGCAGCGACUCCGACCCAUAGAGCCGAAGACAGGUGGAAGCAGGGUGCGAAGAAAACGCUGCUGCAGUGGGUUGCUAACGCGCUGCCGAAGGACUCAAACAUCCAAGUAACAGAUUUCGGCCCAUCCUGGCGCGACGGUAUCGCUUUCCUGGCGAUCAUAGACGCCAUCAAAGCGAACCUCAUAAACCUCGCCGAAAUGAAGAGGAAGACAAACAGACAGCGGCUGGAACACGCGUUCGAUGUGGCUGAAACAGAACUGGGCAUCGCGAGGUUGUUAGACGCUGAAGACGUGGACGUAGAUAAGCCAGAUGAGAGAUCCAUAAUGACGUACGUCGCGCAGUUCCUGCAUAAAUAUCCCGAACCUAAGACAACUGGCCCCGACGCCGUAGCAGCCGUACAAGAAGAAUAUGAAUUACUGAGAGCCUGGCUCUCCGAGCGUGUUACCACUAUCCAACGACAAUACGAUUCCAGAACACUAUCCAGAAAUUACCAUGACUAUCUUCUGGCCGAGACCGAAAGACUUGCCCGUGAACCGUUGUACAGGAAACUAGAGAAACUCAUGUACACACAAAGUCUCGUCGCCAUCGCUCCAAGCUCCUGGAGAGAGCUUGUAUCGCUUUGGAUAGAACUCGAAAGACUUUACAGAAAGUGGCUCUGGCUGCUUGAUUCAGAACUACCUGGAGACUUCCGUGUCGUUGGUGAAUGGCUUGCCCGUGCCGAGUAUCUUUUGUAUUUUGAUGAAAUACCGACUGCGCUAGACGAAAGAACCGCUGCCAUUAUCAGCGAAAAACUAGAAGAACAUACCACAUUCUUCGCUGAUCUGCCAAACGUCAUUGAACGUUUCGAGGCCGCAUUGAGGUCGUCAGAUGCAUCCCAAAUCCCCCCAGAAAGACUGCAAAACAUGAAGGAGCGCCUACAGACUGUCAGUCUCAACGCUCCUCAAAGAAAAGCGAGGUUGAAGUAUCUCGAACACAAAUGCUGUAUCGUGGCUUUCACGGAAUUAACGAAGGCUAAAUUAGCCGCAUGGACCGGCAAAUACGGUCGUAUCGAUCACGUUCGUGCCUUAUUAGAAGAUUAUGAUAAUUUCGUCAUUAAGAAUAAGAUAUUCCAAGAAUUCGAUAGAGCUUACGUUGAUAUAAAGCAAGUAGCAGAAGAGUAUAAGAGAGUGUGUGAAGUUGAUAGGACUGAAGCGAGAGAGAUUGAUGCGUUCUUAAGAGAUGUGUCUGAGACUUGGAGACGAGUGGCAUCUGACGUGAGGUGCUCUCGAAGUGUACUUGAAGAAGUGAUUGCCCAUUGGGAAAGAUGGACUACAAUAUCAGACCAAUUCACUACAUGGUUAGACAAAGCGCAGCACAUGCUGCGGGUUUCAGAGGACGAGCGACUAGAAUUCUUCCACGAUUUGACUGUGUGGAAAGAGAAACAUCAGCUAUUAGGAGAUGCUGCCGGUUUCUUAGUAGCAACAUGUACAGAAGAGCACAGUUCAGAAAUUAAGAGGAAAUAUGUCGAAAUUACUGAAAGAUGGGAGCGUAUUUGGGAGGAAGCAGAACGUUAUGUCCGCGGUGGAGAUGCUCUUCGUCACCGCCGCGAGCUGGCAAAUGGAAUUCAAACCUUGGACUCAUGGCUAACAGCAGCGGACAAUCUGCUCUCUCGACAGCCCCGAGCAAAUACUACUAGCAUACAAGCAUACAUCGACCAAUUACUACAGUUGAACUCUGAAAUUGAACAACACGAGGAAUUGUUCAAAUCUAUUAGCAGGUACAUGAUCUAA